CGCGCCGCCACGCAGUGCACGUCGGGAAGAGGGGAUGCGCUGGGCUGGCUUCCGUCGCGCUAGCGAAGGCUAAUCCUCCUCUCCCUCCACCCCCAAGUCUGUCUGGAGAUGGGCCUCGGGCGGGGAGGCCGGCGUCCGUGAAGCGCGUCCGGCGCCACGGAAAACUACUUUUCAUGAAAUACCCCAUCUCUUAUGAAGGUGGAGACUAAGAGUUCCCCAUCAUGCCUGCCGUGGCUUCAACUGUUCCUAAGGAGCUCUACCUCAGCUCAUCCCUGAAAGACCUCAAUAAGAAAACAGAAGUUAAACCGGAGAAAAUAAGCACGAAGAACUAUGUUCACAGUGCUCUGAAAAUCUUCAAAGCCGCAGAAGAAUGCAGAUUAGAUCGUGAUGAGGAAAGGGCCUAUGUGCUAUACAUGAAAUUUGUGAGUGUUUAUAAUCUCAUCAAAAAAAGAUCUGACUUCAAGCAACAGCAGGACUACUUUAAUUCAAUGGUUGGACCCACCAACAUCAAAAAAGCUAUUGAAGAAGCUGAAAGACUCUCUGAAAGCCUUAAACUCAGAUAUGAAGAAGCUGAAGUUCGGAAGAAACUUGAAGAAAAGGACAGGCAAGAGGAAGAGCAGCUCCAGCAGCAGCAACGGGAAGGCGCAGGGAAAGACGACGGGGAUGCUUCUGCUAAAGGUCCUUUGGAGAAUGUAUUGGAUGCCAAAAACAAAACCCAAAGGAUCAAUGGUGAAAAGAAUGAAAAGAGUGAAACAGCGGAAAAAGGAGCAAUCACAGCAAAGGAGCUGUAUACACUCAUGAUGGAUAAAAACAGCAGCUUGAUUAUAAUGGAUGCUCGAAGAACUCAGGAUUAUCAGCACUCCUGCAUCUUAAAUUCUCUCAGUGUUCCUGAAGAAGCUAUCAGUCCGGGAGUCACGGCUAGUCGGAUUGAAGCAAACCUUCCAGAUGAUUCUAAGGACACAUGGACGAAGAGGGGGACUGUGGAUUAUGUGGUAAUUCUCGACUGGUUUAGUUCUGCAAAAGAUUUACAGCUUGGAACAACUCUACGGAGUCUGAAAGAUGCACUUUUCAAGUGGGAAAGUAAAAGUGUGCUGCGUAGCGAGCCUCUCGUUUUAGAGGGUGGCUAUGAAAACUGGCUCCUUUGCUAUCCCCAGUACACAACGAAUGCCAAGGUCACUCCACCCCCGCGAGGCACGCAUGAAGAGCUGUCUAUCUCAUUGGAUUUCACUUACCCCUCACUGGAGGAACCAGCUCCUUCCAAACCUGCUGUCCAGCUUGCUCCUCCUGUGGAAGUAAAGGACAGCAGAGGCCUGAUCAGUGUCCCCGAGGACCGGAGGAGAGCCCCGGCCAUGCCUGCUCCCGUCCAGCCGCUCGCUGCUUCCAGGGCUGACAUCUCACCCCUCAUUCAGCCAGGGCACAUCAUAAAGAACAUUCCACAGAUUGAUCGUACUAAAAAACCCACAGUGAAGUUGCCUGAAGAUUAUAGAAAAUCUGAAAGUACAGGUCCUGAGCAGUCUCUUCAGAAUGGAAAAGUUCUUCCUGGUCGAUCCACUAAGCCCCCAUUUCCCCCUGUGACCGCCAUGUUAACAGAUGAAGAGAAAGCCCGGAUCCAUGCAGAAACAGCUCUUCUGAUGGAGAAAAACAAGCAGGAGAAAGAACUGCGGGAAAGGCAGCAAGAGGAACAGAAGGAGAAGCUGAUGCGGGAAGAGCAAGAGCAGAAAGCCAGAAAGAAACACGAAGCCGAAGCAAGUGAAACCACAGCAAGUGAGCUGAAAGCGAAGGAAGAAGUGGAGAGGAGAGACAGUGAGCCAGCCAGGAGAGAAGGCAGGGAGCUCAGUGAAGAGGGCAAAGAACUCACAGGAACCAGAAGACAGAGUGGAAGUGAGCAGGAAAUGUCCGAUGCCAAGGUGCCUGUGGAAGGAGCAGAGAAAAGGUGCCCAACUCCGGAAAUGCAGAAGACGUCAGCAGGAGACGUGUCCCCUGCGACUGUGCCGGGAGAUUCGGGUGCGGGCAAGGCGCAGCGUGAGCCUCUGACAAGAGCACGGAGUGAGGAGAUGGGGAGGAUCGUGCCAGGGCUGCCUUCAGGCUGGGCCAAGUUUCUCGACCCAAUCACGGGGACCUUCCGCUACUAUCACUCACCCACCAACACCGUUCACAUGUAUCCACCGGAGAUGGCCCCUUCCUCUGCGCCUCCCUCCACCCCCCCAACACACAAAGCCAAGCCCCGUCCCGCCGAGCGGGACCGGGAACCCUCCAAGCUGAAGCGCUCCUACUCCUCCCCGGACAUCACCCAGGCCAUUCAAGAGGAGGAGAAGAGGAAGCCAGCAGUGACCCCAGCAGUGAAUCGGGAAAACAAGCCAACGUGCUACCCCAAAGCUGAGAUCUCGAGGCUUUCCGCCUCUCAGAUUCGGAACCUCAACCCUGUGUUUGGAGGAUCUGGGCCAGCUCUUACUGGACUUCGUAACUUAGGAAACACUUGUUAUAUGAACUCUAUAUUGCAGUGCCUGUGUAAUGCUCCCCACUUGGCCGAUUAUUUCAACAGAAACUGUUACCAGGAUGAUAUUAACAGGUCAAAUCUGUUGGGGCACAAAGGCGAAGUGGCAGAAGAAUUUGGGAUCAUCAUGAAGGCGCUGUGGACAGGGCAGUACAGAUACAUCAGCCCCAAAGACUUCAAAGUCACCAUUGGGAAGAUUAAUGACCAGUUUGCGGGGUACAGCCAGCAGGAUUCCCAAGAGCUGCUCCUCUUCCUUAUGGACGGCCUCCACGAAGACCUGAAUAAAGCUGAUAAUCGGAAGAGGUACAAAGAAGAAAAUAACGAUCAUCUUGAUGACUUCAAAGCUGCAGAACAUGCUUGGCAGAAACACAAGCAGCUCAAUGAGUCCAUUAUUGUUGCACUUUUUCAGGGUCAGUUCAAGUCCACAGUACAGUGCCUCACCUCACAAAAGUCUAGGACAUUUGAGGCCUUUAUGUAUCUGUCUCUACCACUUGCAUCCACGAGUAAAUGUACAUUACAGGAUUGCCUUAGGUUAUUUUCCAAAGAAGAAAAACUCACGGACAACAACCGAUUUUACUGCAGUCACUGCAGAGCCCGGCGGGACUCUCUGAAGAAAAUCGAAAUCUGGAAGCUGCCGCCAGUGCUUUUAGUUCAUCUGAAACGCUUCUCCUAUGACGGCAGAUGGAAGCAGAAGCUGCAGACGUCCGUGGACUUCCCGCUAGAAAACCUCGACCUGGCUCCCUACGUCAUCGGCCCGAAGAGCAGCUUGCGCAAGUACAACCUGUUCUCCGUCUCGAAUCACUGGGGCCUGGACGGAGGCCACUACACGGCCUACUGCAAGAACGCGGCGCGGCAGCGGUGGUUCAAGUUCGAUGACCACGAGGUGUCGGACAUCUCGGUGGGCUCGGUGCGCUCCUCGGCGGCCUACAUCCUCUUCUACACCUCGCUGGGCCCGCGGGCCGCCGACGUGGCCACCUAGUGGGGGGGGGCGCUCGCACUCGGCACUCGGCCUCCAACUCCUGCCACGCGCACGCGGCCGUGCUGCACCGCCGGCCCCGCAGGAGUUCUAGAACCACCGUGGGCGCCACUACUUCAGGUCAGCGUAACGGCGACAACUUUCAUAGUCUGCUCCAAAGGUAAUAACGAAGUAGCUACGCGUUCCCUCCUCCCGGCCUGAAACCACCGUAACCCUCACCCUCCUCUUCACUGACACGGCCUUCCACCCCUCCUCCCGCCUGGUCCAUGAGUACUCCAGAACAUUCAAGCAGAUAGGAAUGUACGUGUACAGAUUAUUGCACACUUGCACAGCAAACUGGUGUACAUAUUUAACGCGUCCUCCCGUGAAGCCCGCCGCGCGGGACGCUUUCCUUUCCCUUCCGGCCCCAGCUGUGACUGCAGCUUUCCUAGGGAGAUGACAGGGCAGAGCUAUUUUUCCGUUGGCUUUAGGCUGUAUUUGUGCACUAAAUCUUUAUUCUGAAAACAUGGAAACUUUCUUUAAUUUUUUAAAAUGAGAAUUUCAUUUACAUCUACAUUAAAAUCUUAAUGAAAAA